AUGCAUCAUUGUUUUGUGGACGCUUUGUGGGAAAGAUUUCGGGAGAACCAAAUUCAACGUGGCUUUGAUCCAGAAUGGUAUCCGUUAGUGGAUGGAGGCCACGCUCCGGACGCACCAAUGAGGCCAUUAUUGAUUGGAAAAGAAGCUAAUGGUGAAGACAAGUACCUGAAAAAUAAGAUCGGAUAUUCCAAAACAUGGUCUUUGUUUGUGAAGUACGAUGAUCCACCAUAUAACUGUGAUGUUGAUUCCGAUUGUCGAUCAGUUCUGAUGCGGUGUGAAAGGAAACUAUGUCAACCUUUGACAAUCGAAGAGCACGAGAGAAUGAAUUUUCAAUAUAGAGCAAAACGAGAGUUACUGGCUAAUUUAUCGACUCCUUAUCCAGCUAUCAAACGUAACUACGAACACACUCAUUUGGGAAGAAAUAUAGAUGCCACCCACCAGUUCAACUUAAAAACAAGUCCUUUUUACCACUCUUUUCAGAAUUCUUUCGUGCUUAAUGGUAAAGAGGAUAUUUCUAAUUGGGUUUUUAUACCAGUGAUGAUUUACAAAAAGAGAUCGAAUGGACAGAACUAUGACGCCUUUCCCAUUAGAAAUGGAGUGCCGGAUUUCUCAUCUGGAGAUGUAUUUCAGCAAGACUUGAAUAUCAAAAGUAAACCGAGCAGCGAGCAGAUGGGUUCCAGUAAAACAGAGAGAUGCUCUCACAUCGGAUCUGGGAUUUCUAAAGUAUACGUGAAGACGUUUGGUCUGGACUAUCGAGGAUUUUACACUGAUCAUGCUCUCCUAGAUGAACGAUUCCCUUUGUCUUCUGCAUUAAGCGCAGUAGGCGUUAAAAAGCCAGACAACAACAGAAGCAGUCACGUGUUGAUUACCGCCCAUGAUUCGUGUGGGAAGAUGUGCACAGCCUAUUGUCUCAACUCUAGUACUCGUUCAAUUCCUACUGAAUAUAAAAAGUGUUCUGGCUCUUCUCGAAUAAGUACUACCAAGCCAUCCAUGUACAGAAGCACAGUUGGAGAGGCUUUGCUUAGUGCUUAUAAUAUUUCAAGUAUCAAUCCAUCAAUCUCAAAAGAGAACAUUGCCAUAAUAUUUCAUUGUGGCUAG